AUGGAUAACUACGAUAAACUGGAAAAAAUUGGAGAAGGAACAUAUGGUGUCGUAUACAAAUGUAUGGAACUUUCAUCAAAAGAAAUUGUUGCUGUGAAGAAAAUACGCAUGGAAAUGGAAGACGAAGGUAUACCUGCUACAGCCAUUCGAGAAAUUAGUAUUUUGAAGGAACUCAAUCAUCCUAAUAUUGUGAAUUUGCGAGAAAUUCUCAUGGAUGAUUCAAGAUUAUAUCUUGUAUUUGAGUUUGUUCCUAUGGAUUUAAAAAAAUUUAUUGAUUCAAGGCCUAAAAAACAUUUGGAUGAAAUUACUACAAAGUCAUUCACUUAUCAGUUAUUAGUUGCUAUAUACUUUUGCCAUGUGAGACGAAUUUUACAUAGAGAUCUUAAACCACAAAAUAUUUUAAUUGACACUAAGCACAAUAUACUGAAAGUUGCUGAUUUUGGUUUGGGCCGUACUUUUGGUUUGCCAAUACGUGUGUACACUCAUGAGGUAGUAACGCUAUGGUACAGAGCUCCAGAGGUAUUGUUAAACACACAACGUUAUGGCUGCCCAAUUGAUGUUUGGUCCAUAGGAUGUAUAUUUGCAGAAAUGGCACAAGGAAAACCCUUAUUUCAAGGAGAUUCAGAAAUUGAUCAAUUGUUUCGUAUUUUCAGGAUUUUGACUACUCCAACUGAAGAUACAUGGCCAGGAGUUUCCGAUCUUAAGGAUUAUAAGCCGACUUUUCCGAAAUGGAGUGAUAAUAUGUUAGCAGAUUCAGUGAAAAACCUCAGUUCCGGUGGAGUGGACUUAAUGCGGCAAAUGUUGGUUUAUGAUCCAAGCAAACGAAUCAAUGCAAGAGAUUCACUCCAACAUAGUUAUUUCAAGGAUUUAAAUAAAAGUAUUUUACCAGCUCUUCCUGAGAUUAAGUUUUAA